GUUCAAGUAUAUUCAGAUUGAAAUAAUAUGUCAACUACAGCAGAAAAGGAGAUCAUUACUCAAUUCAGCCUUGAAGAUGAUGAAGAGGUAAAGAAAUGCUUCAGCUGUCAGCUUAGAAGCAAGAAGAACUAUCCUGGAAUGAUCAUAUGCACUACGAAUUACCUUCUAUUCAGAGGAGAAGAUAUAACCAUAAAGGAAAAGGCUAAGUAUGAUGAUAUCAAGGAGAUCACUAAAAAGUCAAAGACUCUGUUUAGUAAAUGGAAAGGAAUUUAAGAUCUUACUCAAAUCAAAAGAGAAGUUGAGAUUCGUAGAUUUUUAUAACAGAAAGAAAGCAUUAGAAUAUUUUCAGGAUGAAAUUGGACACCAUUGCAAAUCAGAGUCAGAGAUUUAUUGUGAAGAAGUAUCCAUGGGUAUGGUCCAGUGUGCCAAGCAAGAAGGACACAGCGACAAUGCCAGCUCCAAGACUACAGCUGAAACUAAGUCAAAUUUGGGAAGAAACUCUAAUUUUGAGAACAAGAUAAGGUCUAGCCUAGAAGAGGCCAUGAAAACUUCAGACAGGAUUCGAUCCAAAAGCGGAGCUUGUGUUAAAGAGCAUUGUGAAGAAAAUAAAGGUGUCGAUGUUAAAUCAGAAGACGAAUUUCUGGAAAGAGCAAAAUGCUCCGAAGAUAGUCAGAUAUCCCAGAAAAAUUUCUUUGAAAUCCAUGAAGAUUCUUACUCGGGAAAGCCAAGAGGCACAGGGAGCUUUCACAACCCUGAAACAGAGCACGAUGGAUCCUUUGAGAGCAUUAGGGACAAGGACAUAGCUAAACUUGGAAGCUUCAUUAAGCCUAGGCAUGGUGAAAAGGAAAUCCUGAGUGCUAUAUUUCCCAUCCCUUUAGGUAUCUUCUGGAGAAGAUUCCUGUCUGAUCAUGCUGAAUAUUCCUGGAAGGACUUUUAUACAGAAGAGGGCCAUAAAGACAUCGAAGCUUCCCAUUGGGAGCCUGAUUCCAAAAAUGGCGGCCAGAAAACUGAUAACGAUUCGACAAUCGACCAAAUUCUUGAGACGAAGAAUAGAGCUGUUUUCAGAAGUAUAUUAAUGGAGCUCAAGAGCUCCUCUUAUGGAUCCAAAGGGCUAUGCAUCCUGAAGUAUUCAUGCAUCAAACGGCCAACCAAGAUUGAACUUUGAAUUAAAAUGCAGAUUCCAAGUGCUCCAAAUGGCGACAAGUAUUAUUUCAAUGAGAGAUGGCUUCUCGGAAGUAGCAGUGCUAGAGGCAAUAAGAUUUAUGCAAAAGUCUUCUUUAGCCUUCUGGCUGAAGAAGAUUUGAAAAAUAAAACCAAGCUCUUUAAGAAAGGGCACGACAUUUUUGAGAAGAAGAGGCAAAAAUGGUUAAAAAUUGUGAAGACUAAGAGCCUUCUUGAAAUCCAGGAGGGAGAUAUAAAGCAGAUGAAUAAUGAGAUCAAGGACAUACAAUCAAGAGAAAAAGAGGAAUCUAAAACUCCCGAAGAGCUUCUAGAGGAAUUUCAACCAUUAAAUUCUCAGGAUUGUCAACCAAUAUUAAAUGCUCCUAGUUUACAUAAAGACAGCCCCGAGGCCACUCUCGAGCAAACCUCUACUAGAAGGUUAAUCAACGGCAAAAUGAUAUUCUUGUUAUCCCUUUUGUUGUUUACACUGCUCUUAGUUACAUUUUUAAUAUAAUUCGACUAACUCUCUGCA